AUGAAUGAGAAGCAAAAGGCUUUCUAUUCACAUAGAUCAAUCCAGAUCUGCCAAGCAAAGUUGUUGGAUUUACUAACAUUUCUAGCUGUCAAUGAGUUGGAAUAUACUGUGGUCGUAUUUUACUACAUAAAAGCUGUCUUGGGGUUAAUAUGUGAACUUGAAUUGAUUAAGCCUUUACAGCAGGUCUUGGAUAUCAAAAAUAAACAAGAUCUGAAGGAAGGUUUCAGAAAGGUGGUCACUGAUAUUGGUAAUCACCUCAUGGAAAAACAUAAUUGUUCUGUAGAUGAAAAAUACGGUAUUUGUCUGUGA